AAUAAGGGACACCGUUCAGAUUUGUUAUUGACACUUCCUCGGCUUCAUUUACUUGGACAAAUAACAUUCAAGAAGAUAAAUGGUGCGAUUUCAGAUGUUUAAACGGAACGUGUUGUCCUCGUAACUUUGAAGCGCAGCGGGAAAGAUAGACUCCUGCCUUCCUGAACGCGUAGGUCGCAACCUUUGAUUCCCUGGGACGAGGAAAGACGCCGUCGUUUAUUUAGACACGACUUUGCGAUAUAUGUACGUGCACGACUCUUUUGGCUUCUGAACAGGUCUUUUAUUUAGUUCCAGUGAAUUUUGAUGAUGUGCCAGUAGCGUUGGGUUACGGCAGGUAGAGGCAAGCUUGAUCAGGAUUGUCUAAGUUGGAUCUUCUCAGUUUGAUGUCUGCCGUGAUUUGCCGCAAUGGCAAGCGGAGCACGACAGAGAUUAGAAACCCGGGUGAGAAGGUUGGAGUCGAUGAUCAAGGACCAGCGGUCACCGCUGAAUCUGGAGAGUUUGCUGGAUUCAAUAACUGCUCUCGCUCUUGAUCUGAAUCAUCCUGCUCUGAGAAAGAACAAAAACAUAGAUGCCUUCUUAAACAGAUAUGAAAAGGCUGUUGGCGGCAUCAGGGAGUUACAGGUGAGGCUGGAUGAUUUUGACAGAGUCAAGCUGAUCGGUCGAGGAGCCUUUGGCGCUGUUCAGCUGGUACGACAUAAGGGGUCUCAGCAGGUGUAUGCCAUGAAGCAGCUCAGCAAGUUUGAGAUGGUCAAACGUUCAGACUCCGCCUUCUUCUGGGAGGAGCGUGACAUAAUGGCUUUCUCCAGAAGUCCGUGGAUAGUGCAGCUGUGUUGUGCAUUUCAAGAUGAGAAGUACCUCUAUCUGGUGAUGGAGUUCAUGCCCGGUGGAGAUCUGGUGACUCUGACCAGUAACUAUGACAUCCCGGAGGAGUGGGCUCGCUUCUACACUGCAGAACUGGUGCUUGCACUGGACGCUAUUCAUUCUCUGGGCUUCAUCCACAGAGACAUCAAACCAGACAACAUGCUGCUAGAUCGCAACGGACACCUCAAACUCGCUGACUUUGGAACAUGCAUGAAGAUGGACUCGUCUGGUAUGGUCCGCUGUGACACUGCUGUUGGGACUCCUGAUUACAUUUCACCCGAAGUUCUGAUGUCACAAGGAGGGACUGGUUACUAUGGCCGUGAGUGUGACUGGUGGUCGGUGGGCGUUGUCAUCUACGAGCUGCUAGUUGGUGACACACCCUUUUAUGCCGAGUCCCUGGUGGGCACGUAUGGAAAGAUCAUGGACCACAAAAACCGCCUAACCUUCCCAGAUGACAUUGAAAUGUCAAAGAAUGCCGAAGACCUCAUACGAGCUUUUUUGACUGACAGGGAGGUGAGGCUUGGUCGGACUCGAGUGGAUGAGAUAAAAUGUCAUCCCUUCUUCAAGAACGACCAGUGGACCUUCGACACCAUACGAGACACCAUGGCUCCAGUGGUGCCAGAGCUGAGCAGUGAUAUUGACACCAGUAACUUCGAUGAUGAUAUAAAGGAUGAUCCACUAAGCAUCGAGACCUUCCCUCCUCCACGUGCUUUUGCGGGAAAUCAGCUACCUUUUGUGGGCUUCACCUACUUCAGCGAGGACCAGUUGUUUAACCACAAACUAAACGGUCCAGAGGAGGAUUCUGGGAUCUCUGUUGAUAGUUUGAUCAAGAAGGAGAAUGGUUUAAACCAGUCAGAGUCCACUGAUAUACAUAGGAAGCAUCUUAAGUUGGAGGAAAAAAUCAAACAUGAAAUACAAGCAAAGGAGGAACUGGAAAUUAAAUGCAGAACAACAAAUCAGCGACUGGAGAAGUUGUCUAAAGAGCUUGAAGAAGAGGUGAAUGCGAGACAAAUCGCAGAAGAUUCUCUAAGGGCUUUGGAGAGAGAGAAAGCUUUGCUGAACCACCAGCGCUCUGAGAGUGUAAGAAAAGCCGGACUUGAGACGGACAGAAAGCGUGUUCUUGAGAAUGAGGUGAAUAGCCUGAAAGAGCAGCUAGCCGAGCUGAAGAAGAAGAACCAGAACUCUCAACUCUCCACAGAGAAGAACAUUCACUUAGAGAGACAGUUGGAGGAGGUGAAUGCUAAGCUGAAGGCCGAGGAGGAAGAAUCCGACAGGCGGAAGAAGGCCCAGAGCGAAGCUCUUAAACAGUCCCAGCAGCUGGAGGUCUCCCUCAGAGAGCUUCAGGAGCGUCUGGCCCAGCUGGAGAGCGGCAGGCUGAGUCUGGAGCAGGAGAAACUCUCCCUGCAAACCUCACUGGAGGUGGAGAAGCGAGAGAGAAGUGUCGGCUCUGAAACCAUCAAUGACUUACAGGGUCGUAUAUCUGGGCUUGAGGAGGCGUUAAAGCACAUAAAAAACUCUCUUUCAAAGGCUGAAACCGAUAAAAGACAGUUACAGGAGGACUUUACUGCCCUGGAAAAGGAGAAGAGCAAGCAGGAGAUCGAUCUCACCUUCAAACUCAAAGCCGUUCAGCAAAGUCUGGAGCAGGAGGAGGUGGAACAUAAAGCCGCGAAAGCCAGAUUGGCCGACAACAACAAGAUCAGCCAAUCCAUCGAGGAGGCCAAGUCUGAGGCCCUUAAAGAUAUGGAACGUAAGCUGCUAGAGGAACGAUCGGCAAAGCAACUAUUGGAAAGCAGACUCAUGCAGUUGGAGAAAGAGAACUCUGUGUUAGACUGUGAUUACAAACAAGCCAAACAUGAACUCCAGGAGCUCCGCUCUUUCAAAGAGAAACUCACCGAGGAGGUGGAGGUGUUGACUGUACGGGCACAGCAGGAGACUCAGAAGAAGAAUUUGUGUCAGGCUGAUCUUAAGGUUCAGAGACAGGAGAUCAGCACCCUGCGUUCCUCUGAGAAACAGCUCAAACAGGAAGUCAACCAUCAGCUGGAGCUCAAACUCAGUCUGGAGAAACACAACCAGGAGCUGCGCAGGGAGAAAGAAGAAGCUGACAUACAACUGAAAGAGCUUAAGGAUCAGUUGGAAUCGGAGCAAUACUUUACAAAACUGUACAAGACUCAGAUUCGAGAGGUGAAAGAUGAGUGCGAUGAAAGGACUAAACUCUACAGAGAUGCUCAGCAGAGAUUAGAGGAGCUACUGGAGGAGAGGGACUCAUUAGCAACAAAGAUGGAGGAGAGUCUGACAAAGGCCGACUCUGAAGCGCUGGCACGAUCCAUCGCUGAGGAACAAUACUCAGAUCUGGAAAAAGAGAAGAUCAUGAAGGAGCUUGAGAUCAAAGACAUGAUCGCCAGACAUCGACAGGACCUCAGUGAGAAGGACAAUACCAUCAGUUCGCUGGAGGAGUCGAAUCGUACACUCACAUUGGAUGUUGCCAACCUGGCCAGUGAGAAAGAGGAGCUUAACAAUCAGCUUAAACAUCUACAGCAAUUGCUGGAGAAGGCCAAGGAAGAAGAGAGAGAGAUGAAAUCUGUGAAGUUGUCUUUUGAGAAGCAGAUACAGGCUGAGAAAACCCUCAAGAUUCAGGCUAUAAACAAGCUGGCAGAGGUGAUGAAGAAGACGGGCGGCGGCGACAAGCAUAGGCAAAAUCACGAUACCGACAUCCGCAGGAAGGAGAAAGAGAACAGACAGCUGCAGUCACAACUGCGCGCAGAGAAAGACAAACUCAACAAGUCCAUCUUCAAAUACCAAAGAGAACUCAAUGAUAUGCAGGCAAUGAUAGCGGAGGAUUCUCAGGUGCGGCUGGAGUUGCAGAUGACUCUGGACAGUAAAGACAGUGACAUCGAACGCCUGCGCAGUCAGCUGACAUCUCUCAGCAUCCAUUCUCUAGACACCACCAGCAUCAGCAGCACAGGAAAUGACAUGGAUGCCGAUGACGGUUAUCCAGGUACCACAGAUGCUAGUCUAGAGGGAUGGCUCUCAAUGCCCACCAAGAACACUAAAAGAUUUGGAUGGGAAAGAAAGUAUGUGGUUGUAAGCAGCAAAAAGAUCCUGUUUUAUGAUUCGGAGCAGAACAGAGAACAAUCCUGCCCCUUCAUGAUUCUGGACAUAGACAAACUGUUCCACGUCAGACCCGUCACCCAGACGGAUGUUUAUCGCGCCGAUCCCAGAGAAAUCCCACGGAUAUUUCAGAUACUAUACGCCAAUGAAGGCGAGAGCAAAAAAGAGGAGGUUGCUAUGGAACACUUAUCAGCGGCGGAUAGGUCUUCGUACAUCCCACACAAAGGUCACGAGUUCGUCGUCACCCUUUAUCACUUCCCAUCUAGCUGUGAAGCGUGUGCGAGACCUCUGUGGAACGUUUUCAAACCUCCACCUGCCUUGGAGUGCAGACGCUGCCGGGUCAAGUGCCACAAAGACCACAUAGACCAUAAGGAGGAAGUGAUCGCGCCCUGUAAAGUGAACUAUGACAUGUCCACAGCAAAGGAGCUACUGCUGCUGGCCAACUCAACAGAGGAGCAGAAGAAAUGGGUCAGCCGCUUGCUCAAGCGGGUCCCGCGUAAAUCCCUCGCCCACAACGCGAGCAUAGCCAUAGCCUCUCCGUCCUCUGAGGGGUCUCCACCUAUGCUGUCCCCCCAACUAUCUCCUUGCCUAUCCCCAAGACCUUCUCCUCACAUCUCCCCCCAUUGCUCUCCAAGGCUUUCCCACAGAGGAGCAGUCAAAGUGCAUUCCACCCGACAGCCGCCGUCACCAAAGAGCAGAUUGCUUGAGUUGGGUCUGAAGGACUGGGGUUGGUCUCUUGAUGUUGAAAUGGAUGAUGACGAUUUAUUAGACUUCUGAGGCAUUGAAAGCGUGUGGGGUUAACCUUGAUGGAGUCCGGAUAGGUGAUAAUCCAUCUGGGAACAUUGACAGGACAGAAGAAAAUGACAUACUGGCAAAUGGCAGCGCAAGUGCCAAACUCCAAGUAUAAAUGAGUGAGGGGCCUAAUGUUUAAUACUGCAAAGCCAUAUAUCACCGUAAGGAUGUAGUUUUAAUUUUAAAUCAUGAGAGUGUUUAAUGCCUUCCUAGUAAACCAUUUUGAAAUUUAGAGGUUAAUUUGGUCACUUUACAAGAGUGUCAGGGAGUGUGUUUUUGUGCUUGUGUGUGUGUUUGUAAGGGAAUUUUACGAUACUCUGAAUUUGUAUUAUCAAAAAUUAUAUAUUUUUAAAGAACUAGCAUAUGUAGUGAAACAUAUUAUAUUUACAUCAAAGUAUACUUUUGCGCAAAUGUUUGUUCAGCAGAGCCUUUAGAAAGUUUUUUUUACAAGAACGAUCUGCUCUAAGGAUUAAGGAAAACAGAUUCAUGCAGUUCAUAUUUGAGCAUUUUAUGCGGUCACCAAAAUAAGAUUUUGAUUAGUUUGCAUAUAGCAAUCAUGGUUUGUAUGUUAUUUAGGAAUGAAAUAUACCGAUUAUUGCCACUGACAAACUGUUGAGACAUCAUUGUGAAAUUGUAAAUAAAAAAACGCUUGAAAAAC